AUGACUCGAUUUUUCAACUUCUCAGGUACUGGAUACAGUAUUAUCCACUCGAAUGAUUUUGCUUUUUUCGAGCUAUCUAUAACUAAAUCAGAGCAUAGAAGGCAGGGAAUACAGAAAAAGAUGUUGGAGACGAUACUCGAGCAUGCAGGAGACCGUAAUGUUGGAUUAACGUCACACGGUCAACAUCGAAGUGAAGUGUAUUCCAAAGCUGGUUUCAGACAUUUAGACAUCAAUUUUGAGACAGCGUAUUUACGUGGGAAAGUCGACCAUUCAAUAUUUUCCCUGGAUAAUAAUGUAAAUAUUGAUAUUGUGCCAUUUCGAGAAGUUUCAUUCAAUAAUUUAUUGCAGUACGACUGCAAAAUAACUCGGUUUCUAAGACCGGAUUUUUUAAAUGUUUGGUGCAAUAGAUCUGUAAAUGUUUUGAUUGCACUCAGCCGUGGUUCCCGUGAAAUCGUGGGUUAUGGGGUCGUCUAUAAAAUGGUACCCGGUGAGUUUGCCAUAAUGCCCCUGUAUGGGGACGAUGGUGACAUUGCCAACUCGUUGUUUCAGGCAUUGUAUUGCUCUAUUCCGGAUAAGUCGAGCCUUCGAGGACAUUUUGUUUGUAACAACCCCAAGGCAUUGCAGCUGGCCACUGCAUAUGGUUUACAAGAAAAUCUCGUUACCCUCAGAAGACAGUAUACCUUGAAAACGAUGUCAUUUUCACUGACACAGAUAUUCACAGUUGGUCCCCCGGAGGCGGUCCCCGUUUAA